AUGAAACUGUUGCUGCUCGUUACCGUCGCGUCCCUAUGCGCUCUCGGCUCUUUUGCCAAAGCCAAUGAAUGCAGAGCUCAACGAUUUGUCCAUUUCAUCAGGAAAUACAACAAAGAGUAUUCUUCGCCCGCGGAAUUCUUCUCUCGGAUGAAAGUGUACAUGAGGCAUUGCCGCGAAAUUUAUGAGCACAACGAACGCUAUAAAAAGGACCUGGAAACCUUCGAAAAAGGAAUCAACCAGUUCGCAGACUCCUACAAGGACGAGCGAUAUUUUACCGGGGAAUUGCCGACCGAUGAUCCAGAGGAAUUUGAAACUUUGCCGUCUGAUUUCUUUCGGUUUGUAAAUGUGCCCAAGGAAAUCGACUGGAGGAGCAAAGGCGUCGUCACACCCGUCAAAAAUCAAGGUCAAUGUGCAUCAUGUUGGGCAUUUGGAACGACGAGAAACAACCUGACCGACCUGAGCGAGCAGAGCCUGCUCGACUGCGAUACUCAUUCCUUUGGCUGCCGCGGUGGAUUUACAUCGAAGACCUUUAAAUUCGUGAUGAAACACGGAAUAGCACGCGAGGUCGACUACCCUUAUACGCACGUCCAAGGCGAGUGCCAGUGCAAAGAGAAGGGUUGCUCCGAUCACCCCGAGAUCGAAACAAUUUUCCAGUAUUGGUUGCGGAGUGAGGAGGAGCUGAUGAAGGUCGUUGGUUGGUUCGGACCCGUCGCCGUUGUUUUUGACGGCUCAAUGGCGUCUUUCCAGCAAUACAAAAAGGGCGUUUACUCGGCGUCAGAUUGCAAAGCAAAUAGUAAAAAUCACAGCAUGGCGAUUGUGGGCUACGGAACGGAAAAUGGUCAAGAUUAUUGGCUAGUCAAAAACUCGUGGGGCAAUUGGUGGGGUGAAGAUGGUUACAUUAAAAUAGCACGCAACAAGAACAAUUUCUGCGGCAUUAUUAACAAAAUUUUUCGGCCUAUUUACAAAGUCAAGCACUGA